AUGGCUAGCCCUCCUGUGCUAGCUUUCGAUGCUGAGGGCCGCCCAGUGAAGUUCGAUACCUGGCUCGAUGACCUGUAUCUCUAUCUACAGCUCACUGCCAAGGACGACAUCUCACUGUACGACCACGCCCUAGGCCAUGUCACUGCCCCUGCUGCUACUGCUGACAGCACUGCUCGCUCACAGUGGCAGACUCGUGAUGCCCACGCUCGCUUCGCUAUUCGCAACUCCCUGCCGAUAGACGAACGCGAGCACUGUGGCCAGCACAAGACUGCACAGGCACUGUACACAGCAGUCAUUGCUCGCUACUCCUCACCUGCCUCUGCCACGCUAGGCCGUCUCUCCCUCCCCUACCUGUUUCCCGACCUGGCCUCGUUCCACACAGUCGCUGACCUCAUCACGCACCUCCGUACUAGUGAGGCCCGCUUCCGUGCCGCCAUGCCCGCUGAGUUCCUUGCCACGCACCCCCCCCCACUCUGGCUCACUCUCUACCACCUAGUCACGCGCCUCCCUGACACGCUUCGUUCAGUCAGGGACCACUUUCUAGCUCGCUGCCCCACUGAGCUCACCAUUAACCUCCUCGAGAAGGAACUCCUUGCAGCUGAGGCUCGCAUAGUCGCUGUAGGUGCCUCUCGUGGCGACCCCCGUACCCCGUUCUUUGAGGGGUGUUCUCCUUCCCCCUUCUUCCCUCUGUCGCCUCUGCUGCUGCUGUCGACCUCCUUGGUGCUGAGAAGGUCGGGACUGCGUCUGCUUCGAGUGGGCGCCGUAGCGGCAAGGGCAAAGAGGGCAAGGGCGGCGGCGGUGACAGCGGGGGAGGCGGUGGUGGGGGAGGUGGCGGUGGUGGGGGUGGUGGCGGCAGCAGCGGGGGAGGUGGCCGGGGCGGAGGCGGUGGUGGGGGUGGCGGUGGACGCGGGCGGCGGCAGAGGUUGGGUGGUCGAGGAGGUACUUGCGUUGUCUGCUACCCCAGGUGCUGGUGAGGCAGCUGCUCUAGGUGCUUGUGCGUCUGCCCCCCCCGGUACUGAGUCGACGGCAGCACUGCACACCUUCACACUGGACUCAGGUGCUUCUCGCUGCUUCUUUCGUGACCGCACUGCCCUUGAGCCGCUUGCUCGGCCGGUUGCUGUCUCCCUCGCUGACCCCUCUGGGGGUCCGGUCAUUGCGACCUCCUCCACUGUUCUUCCCUGUCCUGCGGUCCCGUCGGGCACACUGUCAGGUCUCCACCUCCCCUCGUUCUCUACGAACUUGGUGGCAGGUUGUGCGCUCCAGGACGGGGGUGUUCACCAGUUCACCCCUGCCUACGAGCGUGGUCCUCCCUCCCCUCCCACCCUCCCUUGCUCCUCCCUGACUUCCCUGUGUCGAGGGGCGGCAGCGCGCCGCUCCUCACUCCUCCUCGUUUCCCCCGACGACUGCUCCCUUGCAGACGCUCCACAUGGACGUGUGGGCCCAGCCCGCGUCCGUGGUCAGGGUCAGGAGAGGUACUUCCUGAUAGUUGUUGACGACUACUCGCGCUACACCACGGUCUUCCCCUUGCGCACCAAGGGUGAGGUCCCUGAUGUCUUGAUCCCUUGGAUCCGCAGAGCCCGUCUCCAGCUCAGCGAGCGUUUCCACUCGGACUUUCCUGUCCUGCGCUUGCACUCUGACAGAGAUGGUGAGUUCCCUCUGACCUCUUGGAAGCCUACUGUGCUGAGCACGGCAUUGAGCAGUCUUUCAGGCUUCCGGCCUCUCCACAGCAGAAUGGGGUUGCGGAGCGCCGCAUUGGCCUGGUCAUGGAGGUCGCCCAUACCUCCUUGA